AUGUCCUGCCAAAAAAACAUUCUUCAAAUGGGACGACAUUUGAUUCUUGAUUUCACAGGUGUCGAAUCUGUAGAUUUAAAUUGUUUUACCUAAGUAAAUGAUUUAUUCAUGAUAGCUUUAAACAAAGUAGGAUUAGAAGUUGUAGAUUUAUAAAAGAAAGAAUUCGAACCUUAAGGACUUACUUGCAUAUAUAUGUUAAAGUAAGGUCAUUUAACAAUCCAUGCAUGGCCUGAAGCAAAAUCAUGUGCGAUUGAUUUUUAUCAUUGUGGAUCUAAUACAUGGAAUGUUGUUUAAUAGGUAGAAGAAUCAUUAUGCGAUGGAUUAGGAUGGGAUAAAUGUAGUUCAACAGUUACUAUCCCUAGAGGAGGUAAUAGCAGAAUUCAAUGCAAUAAUAGUUUUUAGAAAUGCGAAAUAUAGAAUGAUGUAAAACUUAUACAUAGAGAAAAAACUCCUUAUUAGGAUUUAAGAAUUUAUGACAGCAAAUAUUUAGGGAGAAUUUUAGUUUUAGAUGGAUAAGUGUAGAUUAGUGAUAAAUUAGAUGAUAAUUAUACUUUGGAUAUGAGUAGAAAUAUUGUUAAUGAAGAAAGUGUUUUUGAACAUGUUCUUAUUAUAGGAGGAGGAGAUAUGCUUAUUGCAAAUUAUCUACUCGAAAAUUUCCCUAAUAUAAAAUAAGUUACAGUAUGUGAAAUAGAUGAAAGAGUAGUCGAAAAUGUACGAAAAUACUUCAAAAUGUCAGAUAAUAUUAAUAAUAAUAUCCAAUCAGGAAGACUUCAUGUAGUAUACAAAGAUGGAGCUUUAUUUGCUAAGGAAUUAGCAUAAAAUAAUAGCCUAAUUGAUGGAGUUAUUAUUGAUUGUACUGACGUUUGGAUAGAAGGAUCAGCGGCUGGUUCACUAUUUACUUUAGAUUUUUAUGUGGGUCUUAAAUAAUGUAUGAAAAGUCAUGCUAAGUUUUCGUAAUAGUUGAGUGCUUUGGAUAUGAUUCCAAAUUUUAAAGAUAAAAUGUAAUAGGCUGGGUUUAAUAAUGUGGAAGUUUUAUAAACUAAAUCACCGGAAUAUGGUGAGGAUAUUCCUAUUGCUUAUGUGGGAAUAAAUUGA